UGCCAAAAAUAACAUUGGAAUUUUUCUACCUGUCGAUAGAGGAUUAAAUGCAAAUUUAAUAGCACAAAUGGAGAAUGAAAGUGAGUCUAACAAUACUCAAGCCCACAAUAAUCAAGAAGAUUCAACAAUCGAGAACGAAAAGAAAAAAUAUGAAGAAGAAAAAAAAGCAUUACUGGAGCAAAUCAACGAACUAAAGCAAUUUGUUAAUGAAGCUGAACUCACAUUAAAUUCCGUAAAAUACGGCGAUGUUCAAAUUAAAAAUAAAAAUGAAUUGAUUAGUUUCAAUUCUGACUUCCCAACAUCAUUAUCUUCAAAAAGAAUCCUCUCAAAUGUUAAUAUGGAGUAUGAAUUGUACAAAUUAGCAGGACUUUAUUGUACAAAAUCGCUAAAUAAUGAAUUUGUCUUCAAUGUAUCUGCUUCAUCAAAUGACGGAAACAGUUCUGCAGUUCAGUUUUUUGUUGAAGAUGACAAAGUUACGUUAGGACAUUGGGUGAUGCCGAUUGGUAUUACAAUUGAUUAUAUUUUAGCAGAAACACCAUUGGAACAGCCAAUUCAUGUUAUCCCAUUCUUAAGGAACUGUAAAAGACAUGUUUUAUGUCAUGAGCAACGAAAGCAACAAUUUGAUCAACUUAAGCAAUGUCUUGCAACAACAAAAAACUGUCAAAUUACAUCAAAUUUCGGGUACUUAACAAUUGUAAUCAUUUUCAAUCAAGUAACGAACAAGCAAACAAAUCAAAAGAUGAACUUUACUGUUAAUUUAUUUUAUAAUUCUGGAACAGUAAGACCUCACACUUUAAAAAUUAAUUCACCAUCUGAGGAAUUAUCUCUGCAUUUUCGUAACUAUUCAAAAAAACUUAAAAAAGAUAUGUUGCAAGAUGCUUAUAAUUCCAUUAUAAAUCAAUCACAUCCCAUUUUUAAAUGGGAACCAGAAAUUACUACAGAAGAAGACCAAGUAUUAGAGAGUAACAAGACAGCUUUAGAAAACAAUGAAGAUUCAGAGAGUGACAGCGAUUUCAAAUACAGUGCAAAAAAGAGAAAGCGGGGUCGAAAUCAGCACACGAAACCAGUGGAAAAAAUAAGUGUUGAUUCUGUGAAUUUGGAGAAGAGUAGUGAUGAUUCAGAGCAUGUAGAAAAUGAACCAGUUAUUAAAACUGUGCCUAAGAAAAAAUCAGUAGCUCGUCCAAGAGUGAAAAAAUUAAAAGUUACUAAAGAGAAACCAUCAUCAAAGAUGAUUCAACCUAAAGUCAACCUGAAGACUAAGAAUACAAGAAAUAUUUCUAGUAAAAGCAAUGAGGCUAAAAAUGUAGAAUUUUCUGAGCCUGUAAAUGUUGUAGAAAAUCAUCUUCAAAAGUCUCAGGGAGAAAAUACUCAAAAACAGGCAAAACAAGAGACAAAAAAAAGCAUAACAACAAAAUCUCCUGAGAAACAGGCAAAUAUUUCGACUAUUAGUACACGAUCGCAACAAGCUAAAUUGAAUCUUAAAACUUCUAAAAUUCCAAUUAUGAAAAAAUCACAAGCAAAAGAAAAUUCUGUUUUGAAUAAAAAAACGACGUAUACCAGUACUCCUAUGGUUGGAAAAAUAAAAAGAACGAAACAACUGACUUUGAAUUUGAGUCCAAUAGUUUCUGAAUCUAUUGACACAGCUGAGGCGAAAGGUAUACGUCUCCGAAGAAGUCCAAGAAAAAAGUGAUAUAUUCGAAUAUUAAAAAAAACAUUUGUAGAUAAAACAUUCAUAUAGUGAUGAUGAAAUUAAAUGUAAAAUACUGUCAUAUUAAGAUGUUGACCCAUGAUCGCAAAACUUACAUGAAAAUUUUU